AUGGCUCUCCCCCUCUCUCUCCUUCUCUCUCUCCUCACCAUCUCACUCCACACUGCCAACGCCCACGACAUCACCCAACUCCUCAACCAAUACCCCGAGUUCGCCACCUUCAACAGCUACCUCACCCAGACCAACCUGGCCGCCGAGAUCAACGCCCGCAACACCAUCACCCUCCUCGUACUCGACAACGGGAGCCUCUCCCCCCUCUCCGGGAAGCCCGUGGAGCUCAUCCGGAGCAUCCUCUCCGUGCACAUCCUCCUCGACUACUACGAUGCCCCGAGACUGCAGACUCAGGCCACCAGCCGCAACCUCAUGACCACCCUCUUCCAGACCACCGGCCUCGCCCGCGGCCAGCAGGGCUUCGUCAGUGUGUCCAGCCCCGCAGUCGGCAGCUUUGCCUUCGGCUCAGCCAUGCCCGGAUCGCCACUCGACUCGAGCCUGGUCAAAUCUGUUCUCCUAGAGCCUUACAACAUCUCAAUUCUCCAAGUGAGCAGUGCUAUCAUACCUCAGGGGAUUGAUGGCUCCAAAACUUCGUCUCCGCCGGUCACAUCCCCUCCCGCCGUUGCAACCCCUCCUGCUCUAGCCACGGCCGCUGCAACCCCUCCUCUUCUAGCAACCGUUGCUGGAACCCCUCCGCCUCCAGCCACCGCCGCUGCAACCCCUCCGCCAACCACUUUACCUUCUCUACCGAUACCGCCACCACUAGCAAGCUUGCUUCCGAUCCCAUCAACGCCUCCACCAACACCGAGCGCAGCCACUGUCCCAGCCCUGGCUCCACCAACACCAAGCACAGCUGCUCCCCUUCCAUCUACCGCCGCGCCAAAGGCGAGCACUGCUCCCGUCGCAGCUGCAACCACACCAACGCCGAGCAAGGCCCCUUUACCUUCAAAGGUCCCGGCACCAGUUCCUUCCAGGUCAUCUGCAGCACCAGUCACAGCACCAACAGCAAAGGCCCCUGUUUCAGCUUUGGCUCCAGGUGCAGAGGGACCGUCAUCAGAGGUUGGAGGAGCAACUGCAGCCGGAGGUACACCAGCAGCGAAGAGCGCGGCCACACCUCUUGAGUACGGCCUUGGUCUCGUGUUUACAAUGGUGCUGUCCAGCAUUUACCUGGCAUCAACAGUUUGA